UCACACACCCAACUUCUAAAAUUCCCUUCUUCCUCUUCUAUUUAUUUCUCUUUUUUUUUCUUCUUGCUUUGAUUAAAACAAUAAGGAGCCAAAAUCAUGGGUGUUUUGGAAUAUAUAGCAAGUUUUUGUACAAUCACAACCAGCACAAACAACAAGAAGAAAUCAAUGCAGACAGUUGAAAUAAAAGUGAAAAUGGACUGUGAUGGAUGUGAAAGAAGAAUCAAGAAUUCUGUCAAGCAUAUGAAAGGUGUAAAAUCAGUGGAAGUGAUUAGAAAGCAAAGUAAAGUGAUAAUAAAUGGUUAUGUGGAUCCAAAUAGAGUAUUGAAGAAAAUAAAGAGUACUGGAAAAAGAGCAGAAUUUUGGCCAUAUGUACCUUAUAAUGUGGUAUAUUAUCCACAUGCACCACAAGCCUAUGAUAAAAGGGCACCUGCUGGUAUGGUUAAAAAUGUGCCACAAGCACUUCUUGCCCCAAAUGCUACUGAAGAAAAAUUUGCUUACCUUUUUAGUGAUGACAAUCCAAGUGCUUGUUCCAUUAUGUGAUGACGGGUCAUCAAGAUUUGAAGUUUAUGGGUUCUGAAGUCAUGUCACUAUAUCUAUAUAGGUCGUCUUAGUUAAUGGGUUCGUAAUUAAUAAUAAAUUUUCUGAUACAAAUAUAGAGUCUAAGCAAAAAUUGUUGAGUUCUUUUGUUACACAUAUUAAGAUCAUCAAGGUUAGCAGUCACCUUCAUCGUGUGAAUCUCGAGAAGGAUGGCUGCUUUAAAGAAAG